UGGCGAUUUGUCCAGGGUAUUGUGGCGAGAUGUCCAGGGUAUUGUGGCGGGUUGUCUUGGGGCGGGUCGUCUUUGUGGCGAGUUGUCUGGAAUUCUUCCUCAUCGAUCGUAUGCAGUCCGAAUUAAAUCACCAAAUAAAUUUAUAAUAACGAUUAACGAAUUUGCCAAGAUGCCUCGUCAGGCAUUGUCGCCAGCAUCGAAAAGGGCAUCGACUCAAGCUGCUCGUGCCAAGUAUAGGAGCAAAGUAAAACGAUCGUCCGGACGGAUUCGACUGCAAGAGACAACUAUGGAAUUAUGGACAAGGUUGCGGGAAGAACUGCAGAUGAAGAGCAACGACGAUGUCGCAAAAUAUCUGCUAACAUUAUUCCUGCACAUGAAGAAGAGAGUAUGUGUAGAUCAAGCAACCCAAACCAUGCCUUAUGUAUACAGCUGUAACCAUUGUGGUAGCUCUCCACUUGCCAAUAAACCCAUGCCACCUUUAGCAAGGAUACAACCUAGAGGCCCACAGAAGAUUAAACUUAUGGAUCGCGUUAGUAAUCCACUUUUCAGUGGUCCUAAGACUCCUAACAUAAAAGUCAUCAUGAUUAAAAAGUCUACAGCAGGAGUUCUGAAACGAGACUCUCGUAUGACUCCACAGGCUCUGAAUAAUCUAAUGCAGCUUGGUUCAAACUUGCAGGCAGCACAGCCUCUGCAGGGAAACCUUACAGGAUCUUCUCAGCCCCCAGCAAGAUAUGUUGUACAGGUACCAGGCCAGGGCCUUCUGACUGGCAAAGAUAUUCCUGGAUCAACUCAAGUGGUGAAGAUGGAACCUGUUGAAUCCAUGGAAGACUUUGAGCAGUUGCCUAAUCAAGAGUUCAGUCAGGCCAAGUGCAUUGAUGAAAAAGAUAAUACAGAGGAUUACAUCUAUGAUGAUGGUAGAACGACAUUGGACGAUAGGAAAGAACUUGAUCCUGACAAAAAGCUGUCGAGAGCGACAGAUCAUCCGGUCGCUGUCGUCGUGAAAGAAGAAGUUUUGUCAGACUUGGAGCAAUCAAACUCUGUGCAUUCUGAUAAGGAAGAGUCAUUGUUUGAUCCGAGGCAGGACCAAGAAUCUGGAUCUGAUAGCAAGCUCGAGCAUUAUGAAACAGGGUGGUAUGAAGAGGAGGAAGAGGAGAAGGACAAGGAAGAGGAAGAAGAGGAGGAUGAUAUGGAAGAUGAUGCGAAAAUAGACUAUGAAGAACAAGAGCUUUUAGACUCUACUUAUGACCCUUCAGCCAGUAUGCCCCAACAUUUGUCACAGAACAGCAAGGAUAAACCAGGAUCCAGCCAGGCUAAGCCUUCCAAGUGUCUUGGUGACCAGGACAGCCUUGAGAGUGAUGACAGCUUUGAAUAUGGAGGAGAUAGCGAUGAAGACUUUAAAGGUGAACCUACUAAUAAAAGAAAAAAAUGCCAGCGCAAAAAUCGCCAGCAAGUCUUUAAGUUCCCAGAAGCAUGCCCAAUCUGCUCUGAGGCCUGGAAAGAUAAACUGGAAGUUAUGCGCCAUUUACAAAAACACAUCCCAAUUGAUAAGGGUCCAGAAGCGAUCAAGGAUGCUGUCCAAUCAAUUAAAAGCAAAUUUGAAAAGGGGUACACUUCUGAGAUGGGAUGGUGUGGGGAGUGCAAAAAACUCCUCUUGCGCUGUAGAGAACACUGUAACAGACUUCACAACAAGAACUGUGAUGUACUAUGUCAGCAGUGCGGUAAAAUGUUCAAAAGUUCGUAUAUCAAAUACCAUGAAAUCUCACACCUAGAGAUCAAGGAAAGCGAUUACGUCCAAUGUCCACAGUGCCCCUCAAGGUUUAAGCACCAGGAACACCUCAAGGGUCACAUUUCUAAUGUCCAUAAAACUAGGAGUGCGCAGUGCUCGACCUGUGGCAAGGUCUUGAAAAGUCGGGAACAUCUCAAGCGACAUUUAGUAAUCCACAGUGGAUUGAAGCCUUAUUCAUGCUCGUUGUGCGACAGGUCAUUCACGCAGAGUAGUAAUCUCAAGAUACAUAUGCGCCAGCAUACAGGAGAUAAGCCAUACGUUUGUGAGUUGUGUGAGAUGGCGUUUACCAAUAAGGUCAGCUUAAAGAACCACAAAAAGAAACUGCAUGGAAUUGACUGGUGGAAAGAGAGAGAAUCAUUGGAAAAGGAAGAUCCAGAGAGAAAUAAAAGUGAUGGCGCUGAAUAAAGCAAACUAAUGAUUAAGCUAAUGGUAAGCUGGAAUUACGCCUGGAAACUUCCUCUUGACAAAAUUCCCUUUUCUCUGAAUCUUUAUAAAAAGAAUGUGUAAAAAAUGUACUUUUUAUACAUUGAUUAUAUUUAUCAUGCUACCACCAAUGAAAUGAGAAUAAUUAUGAGAAUAAAUAUAUGCUCUUAAUGUGAGUGGUUCCAUGUCGAUAUACUGUCUUCAAAAUUAUUAGGCUGGAAUAUUUCAUCUACAUGUAUAAAGCUGUUGCAGUUUCCUUCAACAAGAUGAUGUUGCAUGGAUGAAAUGAUGUUUAUUUUACAAAGUGAAGGGUUAUUAUGUGAAGUAAAGUAUUUUCAGACUAGUAUCACAAUGUACUUUUUAUUCAUUGAUUCAGGGCUCUCACUUAACUUUUUUUUCUUGGUUGCCAGUCGGGCAUCCUAUGCAGCAUUUUAGGUUGCCAAAUGGCAGUUGAAGUGGUCACAGUGAAUAGGUUUAAAGAGAUUUUUUGAAUGCGUUAAUCUUCAAGGUUGAGUGUAAAUAUUGCGAUGCUGAAGAGAGCUGUUUACAACACUGCUGUCUGCAAUUGAUAUAGAUAAGACAUAUUACAAAAGAUACAAAGCAAAUUAUCUCCAACAAAUAAUGACCUACUAGUGGCAUGUACAUUGUCAGCUGGUCAUCGUGUUCGGUGACAAAGUAGGAUUCAUUGUACAUGUAAGCACGCUCUGACGCCUGUGAGUCAUUUCUUUUUCUUCAAGCCAAAGUAUUUUGUGGAUGUGUCUUGGCAUUUGUGAAGUAAUGCUAUUUUUUAAGUGUUGGUUAAUAUUCCUGGGACUUUUAGGUAUAUCUGUGAAGCGCUUAGAGACAUACAAGCGGAAUAUUAUUAAAGGCACCUGGGCAACCACUAAUUUUGAGCCCUGUGAUUAUAUUGAUCAUGCUACUACCUAUACUGUUCACUAUAUUUGCUUUAUAGUAUACCAAUCACUAACUGAUUUGAGGGGUUCCAUGUCACUAUACUAUCUUCAGAAAUGUGAGCUUAGAUUAUUACAUCUAUAAAGCUGUAGCAGUUUGAGUGCCGGUUCACUCUCAAAAACAUAAAAUGACUUGUUGAGUAGACUGGUCGAUGCAUGCCUACCGGUAUGUGCUGGCAAAGGAACCCAAGUUGGACUUGUUCAUGAUUUUAUGUUUUCCUUAAUUUGUUUUAAAUUCUCUUUAACCACUAUAUGAUAUGCGAGGUGAGUUUUUUUUUUGACAUUCUAAGCUUAACUAUUUUCCAGGUGACUGGUACGCUUUAAGCAAUUUUCUGAUUAGUUUCAGUUUCAGUUUUAGUUUUAUGUUUUAUAUUACAAAUUAUACAUGAUGUACAGUAUUUAUACAAGUUAUACAUGGAGAUCCUCAAAUUAUUAUUCAUUUGCAAUUCUUGCCAUAGAUGUAGCAACAUACAUGUACCGGUAUUGAUCCAUUAUUUUUAUCAUCAAAGAUAGCUUAGGAUUUAGGUUUAACCCCAUAACAUUGAACAUGCAGAGUAUAGACUGAAUCAGUAUGAAGUAUUAUCCAUAGUAGGCAGCUCUAUCAUGUGCUAAAAUUGAUUGAAAAUGCUGUUCACUGUUUUACAAAUGUAUUUUUACUUGUAAACAUAAUUAAAAGGAAGAGAAAUACAAUCAUA